ACACUUGUGUGUUGUUUGGCCGGAAGUCCUUUGAAUGCUUGCAUUGUCGUUGGCGGAUAGAUUGCAUCAACAAUGGCAGCUCCCAGUAGGAAGCAGACUUUAAGGUUUCUAAGCCAGCUAGGAGCAUUUAUUUUGACCCGGUUCGGGUUUUGGAACUGCUUCACCAUGUUGAUGUUGUUUGCUGAACGAGCAGACUCAAAAAGGAAACCAGACAUCCAUGUCCCGUACCUGUAUGUGGACAUGGGGGUUGCAGUGCUGUGUGCCAGCUUCAUGUCGUUUGGGGUAAAGAGGAGGUGGUUUGCAAUGGGCGCCGCCAUACAACUGGCCGUCAGCACGUACGCAUCGUAUGCUGGAGAACAAGUGCAUUACGGGGACUGGCUGAAGGUACGGAUGUAUUCCAGAGCACUGGCCAUUACUGGAGGCUUUAUGGUUAUGGCCAGCGGGGCGGGGGAGGUGUACAGACAGAAAGCUCGCAGCAGAUCCCUGCAGUCUACUGGCCAAGUUUUCCUGGGGGUCUACCUCAUCUGCAUGGUGUACUCGCUUCAGCACAGCAAAGAGGACAGGAUGGCCUAUCUGAACCAUAUCGUGGGAGGGGAGAUCACGCUGGUGCUGCUGGAGGUUUUGUUCGGGCUGCUGGCUCUGGCAUUCCUCUCCGGCUGGUACAUCCGCUUGGCGGCGCAGAUCCUGGCAGUCAUGCUCCCCCUGGUGAUCCUGUUCAUUGACGGCAACCUGGGCUACUGGCACAACUCUCGCAAGGUGGAGUUUUGGAACCAGAUGAAGCUGAUCGGGCACAAUGUGGGUAUCUUCGGCGCGGUGCUGAUCCUGGCUACUGACGGUUGAACUCUUUGGGCUGUCACAGAUAACUUUUACAGACCCAUGUGUCUGUGCAGGAGGGGAUUGGCUUUCCAUAGCAGCCCAAGUUUUUAUCCAAAGCUGCGCCGCUCUGUGACCUCUCAGGGUUCAAACACUCCAGGCUGAGACUGUUGGAUGUAAGCAGCGUCGGUUGUCUUUGCCAUCCAGUUGGUAUUUUUGCUUUGCAAGAAAAAGAAAAAACACAGGCUAACUUUUUCGCAAUCUAAUAAUUUAUUCAGAUCCAUGUUUACAUUUUUGUCCUUUAUGCUCUGAAACAUGACACUGGGUAUUGAUAGUGUAUUCACAGGGAAAAUACCUUGUACUAAAAAGGUAGUCUUAAAUGGUCAACAUAUUUACAAAUAAAUAAACAAAUAAAGGGAUACUUUUAAAUUAUUGUUGCAUUUUUUUAUGGAAAGGGGUUGUUUGUAAUAAACUGUUCUUGAUGCUUUUCA